AUGAGUGCUGUGGAAAACCAAGGAGAUGAUGCAGUGCCUCCUCCGCCACCAACGGCAGCCGGAAGACCAAGACCCCCAACUUCGCAGCUUUUUUCGCGUGGCAAUCUGGUCAGCAGUCGUGCUGCCGGUGGCGACAAAACCUCUUUGGCCAGACCCUCAACUGCUGUGAGAGCUGUGGGCUAUGCUGCCAAUAGCGCCGGAACCAAUCAAAAGUUUGACCAGUUUUUUCUGGAAAAGGCCAAGCAACAGACUUUGUCAUCUGCAAAUGCCGCUGUGGAUGCUGCCAAGGAAGUCAAUCCCCAGAUCAAGUACAAAAAUCUGGAGAGCAAGAUUGUCAAGCUCUUGGAAUCCUCUAUUGUUUUGGCCAGGCAGAGUUCCUCACCGGGAGAUCCUACCUCUGAUACCAAGUCCUCAGCCGAGGCCUUGAAUAAAGCCAAGGAAGCCUUCUCUUUGGAUAGAACCCUUCAUAGAUUUCGAGACCAGCAGGGCGAGAAUGUCUAUCACAACUUUGACCUAACAUAUGCGGUCUUCUUCAAUCUCGCCGAGCAAUACGAACGCAAUGAUCUCAACAUCGAGGCUCUCAACACUUAUAGCAUCAUGACCAAGAACAAAAUGUUUCCCCACGUAAAUCAGUUGAAAAUCAAUAUGGGCAACAUCUACUUUAAAAUGGGACUCUAUCAGAAGGCGGUGAAGAUGUAUCGCAUGGCCUUGGAUUCGGUACCAAAGAAUCUAAGUCAGUUGCGUCUAAAGAUCCAGGAGAACAUAGGAGUCCUCUUUGUCCGCAUGGGUUCCUACUCGGAUGCAGCCUCCAGCUUUGAGUUCAUCAUGUCGGAGCGAGCGGACAUCAAGAGUGGGAUCCAUUUGUUGCUCAGUUAUUACGCUCUCGGAGAUGUGGAUAAAAUCAAGACAGCUUUUCGUAGCCUAUGUGAUGUUCCUGCUGGCGAAACGGAAACGGAUUUGGGCACUGAGAGUAGCAUCAUCAAGCUGCAACAACAGACGGGUCAAGUAGCUGGAGCUCAAGAGGAGCUGGAUAAACCUACGGAAAACCAGGCAGACGUAGCCGUAAUUGAUGCUGAAGGUGGCGGUUCCUACGAGAAGGUACAAGAGUCCGCAAAAUCCUCAGCCAAGACCAAACAGCGCCAUGUGCUGCAAGCUAUCAAGAUGGAUGAACUGGCAGUGUACACCAAGCAGCGGAGGAAUGCAGAGAAGCGUUCCAUUACCAUGAUUGUGGAUUUAAUAUCGCCCAUUAUCGAGGAGAACUACAACGAUGGCUACAAUUGGUGCAUCGAGGUGAUCAAGUCCUCGAAUAUGGCCUGGCUGGCCAGUGAAUUGGAGUUGAACAAAGCCUUGGUCUAUCUCCGGCAGAACGAUGUGAAUCAGGCCAUCGAAACGCUUCAGAUGUACGAUCGUAAGAGCGAGGGUUCCAUGACGGCCAGUGCUUUGACCAAUCUAAGUUUCAUCUACAUAAGUCUGGGCAACUUGGAGAUGGCCAGGCAUUGUCUCAAUCAGUUGCAGGAGAUCGGGGCUCUGGACACGAAUCCCCUGGCCUUGAUUAAUGCCAGCAUUGUGGAUCUACAGAAGCAGGAUUUGGUUUCAGCGCGGGAACGUCUCGAGCGAGCUCUGCAACUGCAGCCCACCAGCUUUGAGGCCAACUAUAACCUGGGACUGGUGGCCUUGGCUCAGCAGGAUUUCGAACUGGCCGAAGAGCGUUUCGAGCUGCUUAAGGCCCAGCUUUUGGUGCCCCAUUCGGUGCAGCAUAGCCAUGUAUUCUAUCAGCUGGCCAAGUUGCAGGAGCGUCGGUUAAAGGGCGGCUCUCCGGGGGCUUCACUGCAGGGUUAUCUUCAGGUUCUUGGCAUAUCCGCUGCUGACAUCGACUCCCGGCUGUUCGAGAAGGUCGGCUCGCUGUACGAGCAAAUCCAGGACCAUCAGGAGGCCAAUCAGUACUACAACGAGGCAUAUCGCAUCAAUAUGAGUGACAUUAACAUUGCCAGCUCGAUUGGUUCGUAUUACAUCAAGCUGCAGGCCACGGAGAAGGCGCUGUACUAUUACGAAAGAGCUGUCCUGGCGGAUCCCAAUGAUCCCAACUUGAUGUUGCGCAUUGCCAGCUGCUUCAGGAACUCGUAUCUGCCGCCGAAGCAGUAUUUGGGCAUGUUUCAGAAGAUAUAUGCCCGGUUUCCGGACAAUCUCACUUGUGUGCGAGCUCUGAUGCAGGUGACCAAGUCUCUGGGAAUGUCAGAUCUUCACGAGCGUUAUGCUGCGGACUAUGCCCGACUGCACAAGCAACAGCAGGAGCGCCAGAAUGAGCAGCGUUAUCAGCAGCAGCGUCUCUCCUCGGCCACCUCAUCCUCUGCCUCUUCGGGUGGCAGUCGAUUACGCAGCCAGUUUGAUCCCUUGGGUCCUCCCGCAGAGCGUCCACGAACUGGAAUGUAUCGAGGUCAGAAGAGCAAAGAUGAUUCCGAUGAUGAUGCGGAAAUGAAUGCCGAGAGUUUGCUGCCUAUUUAAGGGAAGU